AUGCACAAUUCAGAAAUCGUGUAUAUUAAUAUAAAGGAAACAAAACAACUGAAAGGCGACACAACUAAAGAUGAUGACAUCGACAUUAUGGAGCGAAUAAUAAUGGAAGUUGGCGAAAUGGGCACAUACCAGAAGUUGUUGUUCUUGUGCCUGAUGCCGUUCUUCGUGUGCUUCAUAGCGGUCUACUGCGUCCAGAUGUUCAUCGCUGCGACACCACAGCAGCACUGGUGCAAGGUGCCGGAACUGCAGCAUUUGGAGAUCAAUUUAAGACGAAAUCUAUCAAUACCGGGCGCAGCGGAUGGUACAGACUGGGACCGUUGCAGGGUGUAUGAUGCCAACUGGACUCACGUGUUGGUGACAAUGAGCCCACCCAGUAAUAAUGAUACACGACCAUGCGAGCACGGGUGGGAGUUUCUCUACGAUGAUAUACCUUAUACUACAGUCGUUAGCGAGCGCGAGUGGGUCUGCGACCGUGCCGGCAACGCACCACUCGCACAGAGUGUGUUCUUCCUCGGUUCACUGGUAGGAUGUGCCUUCUUCGGAUGGACGGGAGACAAGUUUGGAAGAUUGCCAACUCUUAUAUGUGCAAAUGUAAUAGGCGGCUUAGGCGGUUUGCUGACUGUGUUCACGGAAGGCAUGUGGGACUUUACUGUCGCACGAUUCCUAGUCGGCCUGGCUAACGACAGCUGCGUAGUCAUGAUAAUACUUAUCGUAUUGGAGUACGUGGGUUCUAGCCACCGCACCUGGGUGUUGAACAUGUCUAUAGCGGUAUUCGGGGGCGGAGGCUCCCUGCUACUGGUAGCGCUGGCGCUAUGGCUGCGCAACUGGCGGACGCUGGUGCUGCUCACCUCACUGCCAAUGCUGGCCGUGCUGCUUGCGCCGCUGCUCAUACCUGAGAGCGCCAGAUGGUUAGCUUCCAAAGGGAAGGUCGACAAAGCGGUGAAAGUUUUGAGAAAAUUCGAAAGAGUCAACAAAAAGAAAAUUACUGAGGAGUCGCUAAAUCAAUUCAUUAUGUCUUCUAAAUCAACGACAUCUGGACCAGAAUCUUUCAAAGACCUCUCCAAGAGUCGUCUACUUCGUAACAAUCUUUUGAUACUGAUCCUGGUGGGAAUGAUUAGCAAUUUGGGCCUGGACGCUGUGUUGAGGAUGUCUGAGAAUAUCGGCACCAACUUUUUCCUCACCUUUAGCCUGUCCUCGGCUGCGGAGAUACCUGCCCUAGUAUUAGUAGUGCUCACUCUUGACAGGGUCGGACGCCGCUCUCUAAUUGUUGUAACGAUGUUGAUAUCCGGUAUACUGUCGUUCUUAUGCGGAUUUUCCGAAUCUGGAGUGUUGCAGCUCGUGCUAGCGGUGCUGAUGCGGCUGGCGGUGAACAUGGCGAUCAGUGCGCACCUACAACUCACCUCGGAGACCAUACCGACAGGCAUGCGAGCAAGCGGCAACGCCUUCGUACACGUCUCCGUAUACAUUGCCAUCUCUACUUCACCGUUCAUCGUCUUCUCUGGUCGAUUGUGGGCGCCGCUGCCGAUGGUGACGGUGGGCGCGCUGUGCGUGGCGGCGUCCGCGCUGGCGCUGCUGCUGCCCGAGACCAAGGGCCGCGCCAUGCCACAGACCAUACGGGAUGCCGAGCUACUCAUCGUGCACGGCUCACUCUGGAAGUAACUAUACCUCUUUGUUUUAUUAUCUUUCCUAAUAAUUCAUUUGUUGCCCUUUUAUGAAUCAACCUUA